AUGCGAAGGUUCGUGAAUAAUUGCUGCAAGGCGCCAGGAAAUAGACUAUUUGGAACGCUCAACGUUCAGGAGCUCAGAGAAGCGGAGCUACUAGUCAUCCGCAGCACGCAGCAAAGCACUUAUGUCGAAGAGUACGCUCUCCUGAAUGAUGGUAACCAAAUAUGCUCGAGCAGCAGAAUUUUCAAACUGAACCCCGUGGUAGAUGAUGCAGGGAUUAUGCGACUGAAUGGCCGCCUGCAGAAUGCUGACGCAGUACACCCGUAUACACGUCGACCCGCCGUGAUGCCACAAGGACACCAUGUCACCAAUACUCUUGUCGACUUGUACCACCGUGUAUGGAAGCACCAGAGUGAGAACACCAUCGUGUCGGAGUUACGACGCAAAUAUUGGAUCCCCCAUAUCCGCGAAGAAGUACGAAAAGCAGCCAAGAGGUGCCUUGAGUGCAAAAGAAGACGUGCGAGGCCAGAUGUGCCACAAAUGGGACAACUGCCAGCUGAUCGCCUUACGCCAUUUGUACGACCGUUCACGUAUGUAGGUCUUGACUACAUGGAUCCAUUUCUGAUCGUGUCCGGGAGGCGUACAGAAAAGCGGUGGAUCGCGUUAUUUACGUGUUUGACGACACGCGUCAUACACCAUGAGAUAGCUAUCGAUUUAACUACAGAUACUUGUUUACUCUGCAUCAAGAAUUUUAUGUGCCGACGUGGAACGCCGGUGCGGAUCAGGUCAGAUAAUGGCACCAACUUCAUAGGAGCAGAUCGGGAAAUGCAGCGUCAACUCAAAGACUUCGAAGAGGGAACGAUCCCCGAUGCAUUGGCAAAUCAAAACAUAGAAUGGGUGUUCAACUGUCCGUUGAGCCCACAAGCCGGCGGAUGUUGGGAGCGCUUGGUACGUAGUGUAAAGCGUGCCAUGAAACAUGCAUUGAAUAGCGAAAGGUUGAAAGAGCAGACGCUGUACAGCGUCAUGUGUGAAGCCGAAAACGUUGUGAACUCGCGACCGCUUAUGCAUAUCCCACUUGACGCUCCUGAUGAAGAACCUUUAACCCCUAAUCAUUUCCUCCUAGGCACAGCAAACUCAGAGCAGACUCCACAUCCGCAAGAAGAAUCCUUUAAGGCGACGCGAACGCAGUGGCGAAAAAUGCAGCAGAUUCAACAUCGCUUCUGGAAGCGGUGGCUGGCGGAAUAUCUUCCGGACUUGUGCCGCCGAACGAAGUGGUGGAAACCCGUGGAGCCGUUGUCUUUGGGAGAUUUGGUCUUGGUUUGCGAUGAUCGCAUGCAUCGAUCCAGGUGGCUGAUCGUUCGAGUCGUUAGCGUCAAACCGGGCAAGGAUGGGCAGGUGCGUGUGGCAGAAGUGAAGACGGCUGGAGGACAUUCCGGAGACCUGCUUGUAUGUUGGCGAAGCUAG